GUGUGUGUGUGUGUGUGUGUGUGUGUGUGUGUGUGUGUGCGCGCGCGGGGGGUCUUUCAGCGAAUGGUAUAGGGAGAGUUUCAAACUAAUAAAACCAGGCGCACAGAGUCCGAGAUGUGAUUGAUGUGCUUCAGUUUGGACUCGGUUUCACUUUAAUAUUAUUCAGGGCACAACGAAGUUUGAUCAGCCAGUGUUUCGUGUAUCAUCGGUAAGCUUGUGCUGACCGUUUUAAAGUGUGUGUCAUGUGUCAUGUAGGGCUGGGCAGGUAUUCACUGCUACUGCUCAUCCAGUGGAUACACUUGGGAUAUUGUCAGACUGUGAUACAGUGUUGUUGUCCAAAUUACUUAUGACCUGUUAUAUAACAUUUCUUAUAAAAGACUACAUAUCAUAAUCUAUUAUAAUGACGAUUGUAUAUUAUAAUGAAUUAUGAUAUAAUCAUAUCUAUAAUCUAUUACCUUACAUUUCUCACAAGAGGGAGUGUUAUUUGAAAACUAGCUUUGCUUUGACAUUAUACUAUACAUUACCAAACAGUUUAAAGCGAUGAACAGCAUAUUCUUAAAUAUGGCAUUUUUGCAAACAUAAGUAGAUAUUGGAAUUUAUGUGUCAAUGUUGUGUAAAAUUCUCUGUAAUUACCAUGAUGAUGAUAAUAACAUUUUCUAUUUUGCUCCACGCCAAUGUCAUACCAGUCCCCCCCCCCCUGAUGCCCCGAGAAGAGCAAAGAAAGAUCACAGCAAAUCUACUGAUGUACUGGCCCAACAGGAGGGACAUGGGAGUGCAGAGAAGGGAGAGAUGAAUACUGAGGUCAGCCUCAUCACGGCACUGCACCCUGUGGCUGAUGUUUUCCAAUGGAGUGAAGCCGCAUACACAAACCGUCUGAACCUCACAGAGACUGACACGGCUGCAUGGCUCUCAAACCAACCUCUGGUUCACAAGCAGUCCUGCCUUACCAGUGAGAACAUGGAGCAUGCGGGGCGUUGCUCUACUCCAGAAGAGUCUGAAACCUCCCUGGAGGCCCUCAGCCAAGAGACUCAGCUCGACUUCUUCCGUAAGCUUGGAUACUCCACAGCACAGGUUCAAGCCGUGCUGCAGAAGUUUGGCCUGAACGCCGACACCAACAGGGUCCUGGGGGAGCUGGUUCGGAUCAAAGCCGCCCCAGAGGUGAAAGCAGCACCCGUUACCGUCAUGUCUGUGGUAGUGUCAAAGGAAGACAGGCCGGCCAACUUGUUGCUGCCUCUGAAGGUGACCCAGAGCCGAGAAAAAGCCACUGAGGAUGAGGAUGCUCUGAGACCCAUCGUUAUUGACGGGAGUAAUGUGGCCAUGAGCCAUGGGAACAAGGAAGUUUUCUCUUGUCUGGGAAUCCAGCUAGCAGUAAACUUCUUCCUGGAGCGAGGUCACACUGAUAUCACAGUGUUUGUGCCCUCGUGGAGGAAGGAGCAGCCUAGGCCAGACGUCCCCAUCGCAGAUCAGCACAUACUGCGAGACCUGGAGAGGAAGAAGAUUCUGGUAUUCACGCCAUCGCGACGCGUGGGAGGAAAACGGGUGGUCUGUUAUGACGACCGCUUCAUCGUUAAACUGGCCUAUGAGUCUGAUGGCAUCAUUGUGUCAAACGACACAUACCGGGAUCUUCAGGGAGAGAAACCUGAAUGGAAGCGCUUCAUCGAGGACAGGCUGCUUAUGUACUCCUUCGUCAACGAUAAGUUUAUGCCUCCUGAUGAUCCCCUGGGACGUCACGGUCCAAACCUGGAUAACUUCCUCAGGAUGGUUCCAAGGGCACCCAAAAGACAACCAUGUCCUUAUGGAAAGAAAUGCACAUAUGGAAUCAAAUGUAAGUUCCACCAUCCUGAACGAGCCAACCAGUCUCUUCAUUCUCUUGCUGAUGAGCUGAGGGAGAAAGCUAGGCUUCCUUCUCCAACUCAGAAACAUUCCUCUGUAGGCCAUGGUCCUGGGCCUGCCCACAACCUAUCUCUGGAGGAGGAGAUGGCCUGGAAACUGACUCUAGGGCAGUUUAGUAGCUCUUUUAAGAGAGGUCAGACAAGUGAAAAUGUUCUUGUAAAAGCAAGUCACCAUUCCAGCAAGAAGGCCCCCUCCAGGAAAGAGAAAGUCAGCCAGCACACUUCCUCUGACCUGGACUCUCCAAAACACAUGGACUCGCAGGAGAGACUGGACUCAGGAUUAGGCUCUAUAGACAGCCAGCCAGUAGGGGUUCCUUGGGACCUCUGUAAUCACUGCUAUGGCAGUGGACAUAGGAAUUGCAAACACAAUCCUGGCAACACACAACAACACUGUCACCUUGCAUGUAGUUGUGGUUCCCAUGCUGCCAAGUCACUUGGGACCUCAACUGGUGUCCAUCACCACAAUCAAUAUCACUGCAUGGGGCAAGGCAGCAACUGCAAUCCAGAUAUGACCUAUGGAAGCACUCAUUACCAAACCUAUGGUACACCAGUGUAUCCCAUAAAUAUCCAUGCUUAUAGCCACCCAGUAGAUUUCCAACACAGCAGAGUCCAUUCCCAUCAGCAGCAGGCAUACUGGUCGGACCCAUUUGGGGUCUAUCCUCAGGCUAUGCAUAGCAUGACAGGCAAGAAGUCACACUGGGAACCUCCCCGGGAGGCUCAACAAAGCCCAUGUGCGGAAGGGAGAGAGGAUAUUCGGAAGAAGCUCUGUGCUAUCUUUAAUGUCCGUCUGGUGGACGCAGCCAUGGACAUGUUUCCUCAGUUGAAGGAUCCACAGAUGCUGGCCGCUGAGAUCCUCAUGCUACAGAGUCAAGAUGGUGUCCUGAGAUAGGACAAGUCUUUUUCUGAGUCAGGUCUUUCAGUGGAAAGAAUUCACUUCCAAAGACUGUAUGGGCCUUAAUAAAAAUUCGAGUUUGUG